AUGAGUUCAAGUGGAUCUGAGGAUGAUAUGCCUCUUGCCCGUUUCAACAGGCGUGUCUCAGGAGGGAUGAAUUCGAAAGUUUCCUCCGACGCCAUGGAUAUCGAUGGUCCGCUUACCAAUGGAUCAGCCAAGCGAAAAUCUCGAUCCUCCAUUAAUAAGGUCAACUAUAAGGACGAGUCGGAGGAUAGCGAUGAUGGUCAACCCUUGGCGAAACGCCAACGAACACGAACCAUGGUCCCCGACGACGAUUCCGAUGAUGCCCCCCUUAGCAAGAGCACGAAAGCAAAGAAGACGCCUGCCGAGAAGGCCAUCAAGGAUGAGUCGGAUAGCGAUGAUGACAAGCCUCUCGCAAAGCCUGCCGCUAAGCGCAAGUCAACCGGUAGCGCACUUACGAAGAAAGCCAACGGGGUCAAGAAGCACGAAUCCGAUUCGGAUGUGCCACUGAAGAAGCCUAAGAAGGCGGCUGCAACUGCCAAGGCCAAGGCCAAUGCCACCAAGACGAAGGCCGCUGCUACCAAGGCCAAGGCUACGCCGGUGAAGAAGGCUGCCAAGCCUGAGUCGAAAGACCAAAGCGAGGCUCCUGAGGAGGCGGAAGAGGAGUACGAAUGGUGGAACGCACCGAAGAAAGAGGACGAUACGAUCAAGUGGACCACUCUCGAACACAAUGGUGUCCUCUUGGCUCCGGCUUAUACGCCUCUUCCUUCCCAUGUCAAGCUGCACUAUGAUGGCAAGCCCGUGAAUCUUCACGUCGAAGCUGAAGAGGUAGCCUGGUUCUUCGGCUCUAUGCUCCACUCAACGCACAACGUCGAGAAUCCUGUAUUCCAGAAGAAUUUCUUCACCGAUUUUAAGGAGACUAUCAAGCAAACCGGAGGUGCCACUGACAGGCACGGCAACAAAGUCGACAUCAAGGAGUUCUCCAAGCUCGAUUUCACCAAGAUUCAUGAAUACUGGCACACGACGAAUGAGGCUAGAAAGGCCAGAUCCGCAGCCGAGAAAAAGGCUGAGAAGGCCGAAAAGGACAAGGUUGAGGCUCCCUUCAUGUUCUGCAAGUGGGAUGGCCGAAAAGAAAAGGUCGGCAACUUCCGUGUGGAGCCUCCUAGUCUAUUCCGCGGUCGUGGAGAGCACCCCAAGACUGGCAAGGUCAAGCGUCGUGUUAUGCCAGAGCAGAUCACGAUCAAUAUCGGCAAGGAAGCCAAGGUCCCCGAGCCUCCUCCGGGUCACAAGUGGAAGGCCGUUCAGCACGAUAACAAGGCUACGUGGCUUGCUAUGUGGCAGGAGAAUAUUAAUGGCGCCUACAAAUAUGUCAUGCUUGCCGCGAACAGUGCCAUCAAGGGCCAGAGCGACUUCAAAAAGUUUGAGAAGGCCCGAGAGUUGAAGAAACACAUCGACAGGAUUCGCCGAGAUUACACCAGGGAUCUCAAGAGCGAAGUCAUGGCGGACAGACAGCGUGCCACGGCCGUCUAUCUUAUUGACAAGCUCGCUCUCAGAGCUGGAAACGAGAAGGACACCGAAAACGAGGCGGAGACUGUUGGUUGCUGCUCGUUGAAAUACGAGCACGUAACUCUCAGGGAGCCCGACACGGUCAUUUUCGAUUUCCUCGGUAAAGACAGCAUUCGUUACUAUGAUGAGGUCAAGGUCGACAAGCAAGUGUUCAAGAACUUGAAGCUCUUCAAGAAGUCUCCCAAGACGACCGGUGAUGAUAUCUUCGACCGCCUCACGACAAGUCAACUGAACAAGCACCUCUCAGGUUAUAUGCCCGGCCUUACGGCCAAGGUGUUCCGUACUUACAAUGCCUCGAUCACAAUGGCAAGGCUCCUGAAGGAGCUCAAGGGUGACAACCGACCCAUUGCCGAGAAGGUCAAGCUGUACAACGACUGCAAUCGUCAGGUGGCCAUUCUCUGUAACCACAAGCGAACGGUGGGAGCCAGCCACGAGCAGCAGAUGGAGAAGCUCGGCGACAAGAUCAAGGCCUACCAGUACAAGAAGUGGCGAGCCAAGCAAAUGAUCCUGGACCUUGAUUCCAAGCAGAAGAAGAAGAAGGGUGCCGAAUGGUUUGCUAUGGACCCGGAGCUGACUGAGGAGUGGAUCCUUGAGCACCAGGAACAGCUUGUCGAGAAGGAGCGUGAGAACAUUCAGAAGAAGUUCCAGAAGGAGAACGAGAAGCGCGCCGCCGAGGGAGAGAAGCCUCUUCCGGAUAAGGAACUGAAGGAGCGGCUCAAGGCGGCCAACGAGCUUCAGGCCAAGUUCAAGAAGGAGAACAAGUCGAAGAAGGUUGCCGCUGAAGGCCGAGGUGUGACGGUGGAGAAGCUGGAGGCUCAGAUUGUCAAGCAUGAUACUCAAAUCAGCAAUCUGAGACUCCAGGCUGAAGACCGUGAGGGUAACAAGGAGGUUGCCCUGAGUACCAGCAAGCUUAAUUACAUCGACCCCCGUCUUACGGUCGUCUUCGCUAGAAAGUUCGACGUUCCUAUUGAGAAGUUCUUCUCGAAGACGCUGCGGGAGAAGUUUAAUUGGGCCAUCAAGUCAGUUGAAGAUGAUGACUGGGACUUCUAA